CUAUUGAAUCUUAUCACAUCAAAAUAAAAUCAUUCGAUUGUUAAUAAGAUUCUAUUCAAUCGAUACACGCGAUACAUUUACCCAUUUUCUAACAAAAAUGUACAUCAUUAAAGCGAUAAUUUUUGAGCUGCUAAUAAUUAACGCCUAUGGUGAACUAACUAUAGCAGAUAUUGUUUUACCCAAGGAUCCGAACACUCUGUUUUUGGAAAAACUAAGGAAUGGAGAAAUAAACUUCGAAAAGGAUAUCCAAUUGGGUCUGGGCUUCAACUUAUCCGAAAUAUUCAACAUCGGAGAAAUCUUCCAAAAUAACAACCCUACCGAUUACUUCCAGGAAAAAUUAAAAAAUGGAAAACUCCAACUUCCACCGAAUUUCGGUUUGGAUAUUUAUAAAUUCUUGAAAAAUUACGGUUACCCCGUCGAAACUCACUGGGUGCAAACGGAAGAUGGGUACGUCCUGAGAAUGCACAGGGUAGCCGGCAGGAACGGAACUAAGGGCUAUAUGGCGAAAAGGGACAGGCCAGCGGUGCUGUUCGUGCACGGUCUAGCAUCCAGUUCCUUUCAUUGGGUCGUUGCGGGCCCAAACAAAUCUUUAGCCUUACAGUUGGCCGACCAAGGAUUUGACGUUUGGUUGGGGAACACUAGGGGAAACACUUGGUCCAGGCAACAUAUAACCCUGAAUCCCGACAUAGAUCACGAAGCAUUCUGGCAAUUCAGUUAUGAACAAUGCGGUCAAUACGAUUUACCGGCGAAGAUCGAUUAUAUAAUAGCCAAAACUGGACAGCAGAAAAUAUUUUACGUCGGGCAUUCCCAGGGUACUUCGAUUUUUUUUGCAAUGGCCGCUUUGAGACCGGAAUAUAACGAUAAAAUAGCGUUGUUUACCGCUUUCGCCCCAGUCGUUUACCUUAAGCACAUGAGCUCUCCAAUGUACCGAUUUUUGGUUAAAUACAUGGAUAAAGUUGAAGUAUUAAUAAAGAAUAUUUAUGAAUUAAUGUCAUACAAUUGGUUGAGUGCAAGAAUUCAAGGUUUACUGUGCUUGGAGGAACCGUUUUCACAAUUUUGCUUGAUGGAACGGUUUUUCCUUUCGGGAUUCGAUCCAUACCAAGUUGAUCAGACGCAGAUUGCUCUAGAAACGGCUCAAUCGCCUAAUGGUAUAUCGAAAAAUAUGCUUCUUCACUUUGGACAAAACAUAAGAUCAGGAUUCUUUCAACGAUUUGAUUAUGGACCUGAAUUGAAUCAAAAGCUCUAUCAAAGUAGUAUUCCACCGAAUUUCACCCUAUCUCAUGUUACUGUUCCCACAGCUUUAUAUUACGCUCAAAACGAUUUAUUCGUUCCAGUGAAGGCCGUAGAACAAUUGACGAAGGAACUACCAAAUGUAGUAAAAUCUAAGCUUAUCUCAUUUAAAUACUUCAAUCAUAUGGAUUUCGUAAACGCCGUAGAUGUUAACAAAUUGGUAAACAAUGAUGCGAUUAGUCUCAUUAAGACAUACGUUGAUAAUGGAGGUACAACAACGCCCGCUCCUCCUCCAGGAAAUUCACCUGCUGCUGCAAUAAAAUUCAAUUACGGGUGUAUUUUAAUGAUUAUAUUACUUGCUUUGUAUUCAUAGUCAACAUAACUUUAUUGUAUACAUAAAAAAAUCUGUAUUAA